AUGGCUUCAGCCCUGAAGCUGCUCGAAUCAAAUGCGCUCAGCGUGUGCAUGGAAAGUAGUAACUUCACCGCGACCUAUUUCAACGUUGUCUUUUACCCCGGCAACAACUCUCUCGUCAUUGGCUUUGAUGGUGUCUCUUACAUCACUGGUAAGGUCGUUGCGGAGAUGACUCUGACCGCGUAUGGUUACGAGGCCUACUCCAAGACCCUCAAUCCUUGUGAAAUCGAAGGCAUGGGCAUGUGCCCUAUGGCUGCUGGUCCCAUGGACUUGGGUCCUCUUUCUCUGGACCUGCCAGGGGACACAGCCAGCAGCAUUCCUGGCAUCGCAUACACUGUUCCUGAUCUUGAUGCGAACGUGCGAAUCGUCAUUAAAACAGCCGACACCAAAGAAAAGAUCGCUUGCGUCGAAGCUUCACUUUCCAAUGGUAAAACCGUCUAUCAAGUCGGAGUAGCAUGGACAACUGCCAUCAUAUCUGGCGUGGGUCUAGCGGCAUCUGCAAUUACCUCUGGACUCGGUCAUUCCAACACGGCAGCUCACGUCGCAGCCAACGCGCUCUCUCUUUUCGGUUUCAUGCAGUCACAAGCCAUCAUUGGCAUGACUUCUGUCCACAUGCCCCCAAUUGUGCAAUCUUGGACCCAGAACUUCCAAUGGAGUAUGGGUAUUAUUCGAAUUGGCUUCAUCCAAACUAUUGCUACUUGGUAUCAGCGGGCGACCGGUGGAACCCCAUCGACAGUUCUGUCACAGCUUGGAGAUACUUCCGUCGAAGUCCUCAAGCGCCGUAAGCGUGAUCUGACUGAUUCUGCUAUGGGCAUGGUAAAGAGAUCUGCUGGUACUUUGAUCAAGCGUGCGACUGGAAUGGCCAAGCGAGCAGACUCCAACCAGAGACUCCUCGUCGUCCGAGGAAUCGAUCGUGUUGGCUUCCGUGCUGAUAUCGAGGAGUCGAACAUCUUUCUGACUGGAUUGAUUUUCUACGCCGCCUUCGUCGUCAUCGUCGUCCUGAUUGUUGCCGCAUUCAAGGGAAUCACCGAGUUGCUUGUCAAGAACGGCAAAAUGAAGAGCGAGCGCUUCCAGGACUUCCGCAAUGGGUGGAGAAUCGUUCUUCGUGGUAUUCUCUUCCGAUUGACUCUCAUCGGUUUCCCUCAAAUGACCGUGCUCUGUCUGUGGGAGUUCACCCAGCGUGACUCGGCGGCAGAGGUAGUCCUGGCUGUGGUCAUGAUCCUCUCCAUGCUGGUCUCGCUCGGAUGGGCUUCUCAGAAGGUCAUUCGACUAGCCAAGCGCUCCGUCACGAUGCACAAGAACCCGGCUUACAUUCUGUACUCCGACCCGUCUUGCCUCAACAAGUGGGGCUUCUUGUAUGUGCAAUAUCGUGCGACGGCUUACUACUUCGUUGUUCCGUUCCUGUUCUACACUCUUAUCAAGGGUAUGUUCAUUGGACUGAGCCAGCCCGCGCCUGUUGUUCAGACUGUCGCCCUCUUGGUGCUUGAACUCGCCAUGCUUGUUGGAGUCUGCGUUCUCCGCCCAUGGAUGGACAAGAAGACCAACGUCUUCAACAUCUCUAUCGCCGUGGUCAACUUCCUCAACUCCGUCUUCCUCCUUGUCUUCUCUGAUGUGUUCAAUCCUCCCGGAAUGAUGAUCGGUGUAAUGGGUGUGAUCUUCUUCGUCUACAAUGCAGUCUUUGCUUUGGUUCUCUUGAUUCUUGUCCUGAUCGCCUCCGUCUACGCCGUUGUAUCGAAGGACCCCGACACCCGGUACCAGCCCAUGCGUGACGACCGUGGCUCUUUCAUCAAGUCCCAGACUCAACUUACCACUGAGCUGGAUGCCCUUGGUGCCACCGCGCGUGGUGAUUCCAAGACUGGCCAUUACAACAACAACCCAUUCGAUGAUGAUACCGCUUCCAUCUCCAGUGGAAAUGGUGCCACCGUCGGUCACCAAAUGGAAUCUACCCAUCAACAACACUCCGUCACUCAGGCCCCUCGGUCGCCCGUUGACCCAUCGGUGCCCUUAUUCCCCACCAACGUCUCGGGCCACCACGCUCCCCCAGGAUAUGACCAGUACGGUCGCGCUCCUUCACCUGCCGCACGGAGCUUUGAUAACACCUCUCCGGUCGGCCAAUCCGCUUUAUCGACCAAUUUCCGAGCUCAAAAUAAUGCCAGUCCAUGGCAGCGGGGCGCUGGCUAUGACCACUAA